AGAUGAAAAUGUUUGACUUGUGGAAAACAAAAGGAUUGAUGAGUGAAAUUCGAUCCACUCUCGAACAAUCGCGUCUUGGCUUGCAUCGUAUCCUUUGUUUCUCCUUAUGCCUGUUUUGUCCAAUGCUUUGAACACGUUUGAUUCAAAUUCAACUCUUAUGUUCAAGCUAAAGUCACGUGGUUUACAUUUGUUUUUUAAGUGUGUUCGUCGACAAAUGCGCUCUAAAUGUGAGUCUUCUCUACACUUGGACGAUCACCUAAAAGAGCAAUGUGUCCCGAAACUACAGUUUUGAAAUGAUCCUGAAAAUCGAAUAGAACCUCUGGUCGAUAGAGCAACUCAAAGAUCACAUGCGAAUGCAUGACGUCGAUGCCAUUCACAUCUAAAUCAGUCUUCUAAUCAACAGCCACAGACAAGCAUUUACACGAUGAAACUAGAGCGAGUGUUUUGUAUUGUUCUCUUGCGAAUCAGUUCUCUCCACGCGGACUUUAUUUCGGGCAAAAUCUUUCCUGGGCAAUUUGAGUACCCCGAAUUGUCCGGGAUGAUGAACCCACGUGAAGCCAUUCGGAUCUGUGAAGGAGACCUCGAAUGUGCCGGAUUCACGUACUUGGGAUCACCCGACCUGGACACGAGCAGGAAGAUUGCCUUCUUCCGAUUUGUGAGGAUGGUGUCAAAAGGUUUUUUUGAAGACGUAGAUUGGACCACGUACAUGGUCAAUCGAGAUUUCGCCAAGUACGUCAAUCAAUUGCCCAUGGGAGAGGGCAACAAUUUCACCGAGAUCACCCGCACCAAAUUUAGCUUCGAUCAAGAGUUGGAACGUGAGUGUGCCAGCCGUGGUUGUGCGGGUGUGGCCGUGAACGGGCAUGGCGUGUUGCGCGUUUACCAUCAAAUCGACCUCAGGACCUUGGAGCCGACCAAGGAAUGGUCCACAUUGUUUAACCUUCUCGGUGACUCGGAUCAUGUGCGUGGGAUGGACAUUGCCAAUUCCAUCGACUAUUGCUGCCCAAUGAUGGACCGCCGACGGGUUCAACCUUGGGAGAUCCACGACCAAUUGCAGAGAGCUUCGUGCCACAUGAGCGAGGAGGAAUUUACCGAGAAAUUCAUCCGAACUAGCACGCCCGUGAUCUUCCCCGAUUGCAACUACGACUGGCUCAAAGACUUCGAUCUGAGUCCCACAGCCACAACACUGAUGUUCCACGAUAACCGCACCACUCCCAAGAUGGAUUUCUGGCUCCAGCCUUUGCCCGGAUUCACGCACGUGAGAACGCCGAACAGUGGUCGAGACAAUGAUCAUUUGAUCAUGGAAGCUUUGGACGGUGGAUGGUUGAGGUGCUUUAAUCGGAUGCGUAAGAAUCCAAACUGCCAGAAACGGGGGUCGAAUUGCUCGUUGUUCGAGCAUUUCCCUAAGCCCAAUCCCAUUCCUAAAGAUCUGUUUGUCAAAUCCAACUUCGACAACGACCUCGAUUGGGUUAUUAUCAGUAUGGAAAGCACAGGAAGCCAUCCUCACAACGAUCCCGAUUUAACUGGAGCCUGGAACUAUCUGAUCAAUGGAUACAAGUGGUGGGUCAUGUUUCCAGCAGGAUUCGAUGCCAAAGCUGUUCAUUGCGAUCCGAAAUGCUCCCCAGAUCUUGGUGGAGAGGACGAGACAUUUCGUUGGUAUCACCAUGUGCUUCCACAACUAAAAAAGACACCGAUCUAUGGCGAAUAUGCCAAAGAAUUCGUGCAAGGGCCGGGAGAUUCACUGUAUCUCCCCCACGGGAUGGGCCAUGCCAUCUUAAAUAUCAGAGAUAACGUAGCUGUGACCGAGAACUUCCUAUUUGUGGAUGCCUUGCCAGAACUGAUGUCAAAAAUUGCCCUCAAUGAGAUCGAUAUGUUUCGGCCCAAAUGGGAGGAAAUGGGCUUUCGGAAACUAUACUACCAACAUGCUUCCAAAUCGGAUCGUGAAGCGAUGCGGGCACAUUAUGACUUUGCAUUAGAAGUGAUUGACGAGAACCCACAGAUAUGCCAAGAUGCGGAACGAAAUCGGAAAGAAAAGUGGUUCCAAAUCUUUGGGAAUGAAACCCAACCUGUUAUGGUCAAUUAUUAAUAACAUCAUUUCCAACUCGUCUUCUCCUUCCUUGUGUUGCUUCAUUGCUCAGCAGAGAUGAUCCUCGAGAAAAUUCAGCAACCUUUUCGCAUAUUUAUCCGGGCCUGCUGAUGAGUGGUUUGACCCACAGAGUAAUAAUGUCUUGCCCAAACCACCGAGUCUUUGGCGAAAUCCGUAGGGUGUAAAAAUGUCCACGAUGCCCAAAUAAUAUCUAGGAAAUAAAUGAAUUGGCUGAACAA